UUGUAAACAAUGAGACUAUUCCAGACCGUCUCCAGCUUUGUGUCUAUCUAACAGUUUAUCUGUGCAAAACUAACAACGAUUUCCCCUACCUCCGCGUGUAUUAAAUUAAAAUGUUUCUUGGGAGCUGAAGCAUGGAGGCGGUUCUGAGCAGGCUGAGGGGGCUAAGUGCUGAUGAACUGCGUGAAGAGUUUGCCCGAGCAGACGUCAAGUGCGGUCCUAUCACAGCUACCACCCGAGCCACCUUUGAGAGGAAGUUAGCCCGAGUCCUGGCAGGGUCAGAGAGCAGGGCCGCUGAAUCGGACAACAGCUCUUCAGCAGGCACUUCGGGGAGUGCGGCCUCCGUUGUCGAUCAUGCCAAACCUGUGUCGUGUGCCACCUCAGCAGUUGCACCUGCCACUGCUGCAACAAGCAGCAAACCCACUGAGACUGACAGUGAAGAGUUGGACUUUGGCUACGGUAUGGGUCUCAACCCUCCUGAGGAAGAGGAGAUCUCAGUAAAGACGACCUCAGACAGCUCUGCUGAAGACAGUAACUCUCAAUACAAAACGGAAACCCCUUCAAAACCAGCACAAGUCUCUCCAACCUUUUAUUAUGGAGUAUGUCCACUGUGGGAUGAUGUUUUGUCUAGAAAUGAGCGAGCACAUGUGUUCACAGAUAAGAAAGAUGCCCUUCAAGCUGUAAAGAUGAUGAAGGGCGCCCGUUUCAAAGCCUUUCCAAAUCGUGAUGAUGCUGAAAAGUUCGCUAAGGGGAUCUGUGACUAUUUCCCCUCUCCCAGCAAAUCUACACCCUGUGUAUCCCCUGUUAAACCGGGCCUGGUCAUUAGUAAAGACAACAUGGAGGUUGAUACCAUCAACCGGGAGCGGGCCAACAGUUUCAAGAGCCCACGCACCCAGGACCUGACCGCCAAACUGAGAAAAGCUGUGGAGAAGGGCGAUGAGGUAGCCUUCAGCGAGCUGGUGUUGAACAAUCCACGCUAUCUCAUUGGCUCAGGGGAUAAUCCCACUAUUGUCCAGGAGGGCUGCCGGUACAACGUAAUGCACGUGGCUGCCAAGGAGAAUCAGGCAGGAAUUGCCCAGCUGCUGCUGGACACCUUGGAAAAUCCAGAGUUUAUGCGCCUCAUGUACCCAGAUGACCAGGAAGCUAUGCUGCAGAAACGUAUCCGCUACAUUGUAGAUCUUUACCUCAAUACUCCAGAUAAGGCUGGCUUUGAAACACCACUCCACUUUGCCUGUAAGUUUGGGUGCCCAGACGUGGUCAAUGUCCUGUGCUCACAUCCUUACAUCGAUAAGAACUGUAAGAACAAGGAUGGCCAGAAGCCUUGUGAUCUUAUUUGUAGCAGAAGAAAUAAAACCCAAGAAGUGAAACAGAAGAUAAUUGACUAUUUGGAGGACCGCUGCUAUGUCCCUUUGCUGAGGGCAACCGACAACACCUCUCAGCCUGUCAUUGGUGGACUGUGGUCGCCUGAGUCCUCAGAAAAUCUCUCGCUGAUCCAGCGGCACACAAGAAGCCCAAUGGAUCCAGUGAUGACUGUCACAGCCUACGCUGGCCCACUGAGUCCUUCUAAAGCAGAUGAUUUUCGGCGGUCCUGGAAGACACCACCCAGAGACCGGGCAGAGCUCUUCCACCACAUACUUAAGUCUGAUCCUGACCGUGGGGCAGAGAGAGUGGGCAGAGACCUGGCUCAUGGGAUGGGCCAUCCAUGGUCUGAGUACUGGGACUUUCUGGAUAGUUUUGUGGAUCUGUCAUCAACUGAGGGGCUGCGCAAGCUGGAAGAUUACCUUAGCAAGAGGGAUUUCAGCCCACUGGCUCAUGAAGAGGCUGGGGAGAAUGAGACAAGCAACAGGUUCAAAACCCCCUCCCCAGGCAAGCCCAAGAAGUUCUGCAAUUCCAUCUCUGUUGGUGCCUUCCUGGAUGAGGGAGAUGACAUCAGCCUCGAGGAGAUGAAGAAUCGGCAGAACGCAGCACUCACCAGCAUCACCUCUUCUGCUGCGUCCAAGGACGGACUGAAGGGAGCAGUGGGGGGGCACGAAUUCCACAUCCUGCCCAUCGCGCUGCAUCACCGCGGGGCCGAUCUGAUCGAGACAGCGGCCGAGCAGGACCUGCUGUGCUGCUGCAGCGAUGGCCUCCUGUCGCCUGGCAUCGUCUGCAAAAAUGGGUUGUGCUCGUCCUCCAGAGAUAGGACUCACAAUGGAGACAAGGUGACCGCUCGCACCUCCCCGUCCUCCUCCUCCUGCCCGCUGUUGCCCAUCUCCAACCUCAUGGUGGAGUUUGAGCGCAUGUCACUGCAAGAGCCGCUGGACAGCCCCACCAGCUGCAGGGAGAGGAGGAGCAGCGGCGGGAGCCGGCACAGGGAGGCGCGGGACUCCUACAGUUCCUCCUCGGCCACAGACCUGAGCUCUGGGCUGAACCGCCUGUCUCUCGGUCACAGCAGUCAGGACAGCGAGAGCGUGGACGGGCCAGGCUGGAGAACAGAGGGAGGAGAGACAGAGGAGAGGCGCAGCAGCGGCAGCUCAGAGGAGUACUUUGAAGCAGUGGAGAAUCUGGAAGUACUGGGCAGGACUAGGGGGUCAGUAUCAGGGAGUCGCAACAUCUGUGCUAGGUCCAAGUCAUGGGACCAUGGUGGAAGGGACCUGAGCAGCUCAGGAUCCUCUGGGUCCUCCUAUAAGUCCUUAGAUAACUCCAAUGAGUUCCUACCCAGGACCCCACCACAUAUCAGAAGAGGACUUUUCAUUGAAGGGGAUUCACCAACCAAGUUGGACAGAGAGGUCUUGUCUGCAAUAGAAGGCAUAGACCUCGAUCCCCAGAAGUAUCCCAGCAUUCAGAAGUGGAAGAGCACAAUGAAGUCGUACUCUGCGUCAGACAUGCAGAGCUGGCCCAGCCCUGCGGCAGGUAAACAACGACUCAGGAUGCAGCACCAGACUCCCGGCUCCCCGAUCGGCGGCCUGAUGUCUCCCACGGGUCGCUUCAGUCCUGCCCGGCACGCCGCCUCACCAGACUUCAGCCCUGCCAAUGCUAGCUACAUCCAGCGCAUCCGCCUCAAGCACUUGAAUGAGCCACCAAUCUAACUGCCCACUCCUCUCCCAACACUUAAUGCCAUACCCUCUCCGAGCCCCAACCCCACCCCCAUCUUUCCCGCUGCAAGCCCAGCUGCACCAAGGUGGCCACGCCAGAGCUCAGAAACCACAUACCUAACAGAAAUAUGCACAAGUGUCUGGAAGAUUUGUAUUAAAAAUGUAUGGUACUACUCCUAUGUAAUACAGGAAGUCUCAUCACGUUGGGUUGUGAUGUACACUCAAGACUUUAAAAAGCGAAAAAAGAAACCUUGAUAAUUUAUGUACUGUAUGGGUGUGGACCAUGUUGAAUUGACGGUAAUGUUAUUUGUGGCAAGUGUGAAGCACCUGUAUCAUAGCCUGAGUCAACUUUUUUGAAUAUCGUGAGUACAAGCCGCACUCCCCAAAGUUAGUUCAUCACUAAACCUUCGCGUGAAAUCCUCAACAGGAUUAUCUCACUGAAGAUGUUCUUAAGAAAAAAAAAAGUAAAAUGUCAAUAUUUUAAAAGUUAUUUUUUGUAUGUUGGUCAGUAGCACAAAAUUUAAAUGUUUUUAUUAAUGGUGUUAAAACCGACUGCCAUUUCCUAUGUUUUCCUCAGUUCAGGAAUUGCCUUAAUUUUCUGAAGUGAUGGACCGGUUCUCUGUCAGUUUGGACACACUCUCUCUAGCUCAUACAUGAAAUAUCUGGAAAUGGCGACCUCACUGGCUGACAAACAUCUUCCUUGUUUUUAUUUUAGUCUUCAAUAAAUGCAUACAUUUUCCAUC